GCGGUUGCCUGAUUGGAAGGAAGAGGGUCUGCCCAAGGCACCGGCAGUUAACCAGACUACCAUCGUACCACAUGCACACAGUUCUAACACAAACACAGGAUGUGCUCGGAACGUUUUCGAUUUUUGUGAUUGUGCGAGUGUGAUUUUCGAGUGUUUUGACCAUGGAAUAGAAGCGAAAAAAGCCAAAAUGUCUCGCAUCAUUCUCUUGUUUGUCCUUGUGACGACCACUACCUGUGAUGACCUCCUGGACGAGUACGUCCGGCACGUUGACGACGUCAAUAAACCAAAUAAAGUGCACCAAAGACGCCUCCGUCGAGACAUUGCAGAUAAAUGGACUCAUUCCGAGGUCUUGGAUAAUGUCGGUGAUGUGGUUUUGAGGUGGCAACCGCGACACCGGGAGAUCCUCUUCAGAGUGGAAGCAAGGACGAAAGGAUACGUUGCCAUAGGUUUCAGUCCAGAUGGAGGCAAGGAAAACGCAGAUAUUGUCAUGGGAUGGGUCGAUGACAGGACUCUAAGGGCCUACCUCUUGGACUGCCAUGGGGUGCCCGACAGCCAAGGAAGUGUUCCCAUCAAAGAUGAAAUCGAUAAUUAUACGCUUAUGAGCGGGAGCCAAAACGAUACUCAUACCGUUAUCGAAUUUAGAAGGGUUUUGGACACGUGUGACCCCAACGACUACGUCCUUACGGGAGAUACAGUUGUGGUAAUUUGGGCGUAUCACAACACCGACCCGCACCUAGGGGCCGAAAUGAUUUAUCACGGGGAUAAAAGAGGGGCCCAGAGUCUUCACUUAUUGGGACCCCCCGCCUGUCUCCAAGGCUUCGGGGGGCAACAUCAGGAAUUGGGACGUAACGCUUCGAAACGUAAGUCAUUUUUGUAUAUAAUCAGCAACAUGAACACGGUCUACUGGUGCAAAAUCUUCAAAGCUCCAACCCUCCAACACAAGCACCAUAUCGUGGGGUACGAACCCCUAAUUGGCCCUAACCACACCACCUUCGUCCACCAUAUGAUCCUUCACGAGUGCGAACUCGACGGAGAAGACGUCCACAAAUGGGAACGCUUCUCGAAAGAAAACGGACGUUUGUGCUACGGCCCUAACAUGGCCCCAGAGUGGGAAAAAUGUCUUACGCCACUUGUAGCCUGGGCUAUUGGGUCCAAAGGCGAGAAUUUCCCCAAACAUGUUGGACUUCCGCUAGCAGCAAAGAAAAAUUCGUUUUACAUGUUGGAAGUCCAUUUUGAUAAUCCGGCAAUGAAGCAAGCCCAAGACACGUCAGGACUUCGGUUACAUUACACCAGUGAUUUGAGAGAAAAUGAAGGAGGGAUUCUUACAACAGGGAUUGCUCUAUCUAGCUUACAUUUCAUUCCGCCGUAUCAGAGAGAAUAUAAAACGGCCGGUUAUUGUAACACUGAUUGCACCAAAGCAACGUUUCCGAAAGAGGGAAUUCAUGUGGUUUCGGUUAUGUUGCAUUCACAUCUAGCUGGCAGGAAACUAAAGUUGAGACACAUCCGAGCUGGAAGGGAACUCCCACCUUUGGCACAAGACGAGCAUUACGAUUUCAAUUACCAACAAUCACGGGCUUUAUCCCAGGAUGUUAUUAUCCUACCAGGAGAUGGUCUCGUAACCGAAUGCACGUACUCCACACUUAAUCGCAACAAACCGACACUUGGGGGCUACUCCACCAAGGAGGAGAUGUGUCUAGCGUUCGUUUUACACUACCCGAGGACGCAACUCGCUGGUUGUUACUCCAUGUCUCCUAUAAAAUAUUUUUUCAAAAAUUUGGGAGUCAAUAAAUUCUACGGCAAGAAUAUGGAAGAGAUUGAAAAUAUUUUCUUGCACGGAGAGGCUGAAACUAAUCCGGUUUCACCGUCAACUUCGCCCAAUAAGCCACUUUUUCCGUACCAGCCGGGUGACGAAAUGUCGCCGGAAGCCAACAGAAGGGCCAUUAUAGCCCUACAGAAUGCCAAAGAUUAUACCAUUGAAGGAGAGACGCAUGAGGGACAAACCAUGUUUGAUAAACUAGUGAUAGAGGAUCCGGAGGAGUUUAGGAACAAGUCGUUUAUGGAUCAUUUGCAAGAUAUUCCCUACAACGAGUCGCUGAUCACUAGGAAAAUGGAGGAGUACUUCUACACGGGGCUUCACUUGACUUUUUGUAGGAAACGUGAUGAUUCACUUGCGAUUAAGGAAAGCAUCGUGAAUUUUCCAAAUUUUACGGUUUACUCCGACGACCAAAAAGUUCAAUGCAGUUUUAAACUGAAACGUUCACCCUCAUCGUCAGUGUCGAUUAAAUCGCGAUUUGUUAUUUUACUCAUUUUGGUGUUUCUCCAGUCAGGUCUUUAAAGCAACCAAUGUAAAUAAUGGUCUUGUACAUAUCAUUCACCAAAUAAUUAUUUAUAAAUAGGUUUAAGUUUCAAUGCUGUGAGUUGAUUAAGUCAUCCGGAUACAUGUAUUCGACUUUUUGUACUUAAUAAACGUUCUAGUUUUA